UGAGGGUUGUUCUGUGUGGGACCGGAGGCAUGGAGGGCGUUUUGUCCUUGUAAGCACUUUGGGAAAUGUAUAAAAGCUGCCACCACUCCGAGCCUCUCCAUCCACAUCUCCUGAGUUAUUCGCCUUGGUGAACAGGCCUCCCAGCACAGAAGGAUGUCCUACUCCAGCGAGUCCUGCGGCGUGAGCUGCCCCCAGCCCAUCGCCGAGAGCACCAACGAGCCGUGUGUGCAGCAGUGCCCCGAGUCCAGAGCCCUGAUCCUGCCCCCGCCGGUGGUGGUGACCAUCCCGGGCCCCGUGCUCAGCACCUUCCCCCAGGAGAGCGUUGUGGGAUCGUCGGGCCCAGCCUUGCCGGGGCGUUCCUUCAGUUCCCUCAGCUCCCAGGGCUACGGGGGCUCCUUUGGGCUGGGAGGAUCUGGGGGUUCUGGGGGCUAUUUGGACUCCUCUGGCUAUGGAGGCUCCUUUGGGUCUGGAGGUUAUGGGGGCUUCCUGGGCUAUGGGGGCUCCUCGGGCUAUGGGGGCUCCCGGGCCUAUGGGGGUUUCUCAGGCUAUGGGGGCUCCCGGGGCUAUGGGGGUUUCUCAGGCUAUGGGGGCUCCCAGGGCUAUAGGGGCUCCCGGGGCUAUGGGGGCUCCUUUGGCCUGGGAAGCUGUGGGGGCUAUGGGGGCUCCCAGGGCUAUGGGGGCUCCCUUGGAUAUGGGGGCUCCCUUGGCUACGGCCGUUCCCUGGGUUAUGGAGGUGACAGCGGCUAUGGGGGCUCCCUGGGGGGCUAUGGGGGCUCCCUGGGGGGCUAUGGGGGCUCCUUUGGGGGCUAUGGGGGCUCCCUGGGAGGCUAUGGGGGCUCCCUGGGGGGCUAUGGGGGCUCCCUGGGAGGCUAUGGGGGCUCCUUUGGCAAUUGUGGGAGGUCCUACAGCUCCGGCUUCUCCUCGCGGGGCCUGGGCUACUCCCUGCCUGGCUCCCAGAGAUGGGGCAGGUCCCGCCGCGGGAGCUGUGGGGUUUUCUAAAGCCCCCCCGGCAGUGCCAGCCUCCAGAGGCAGUGCCAGCCCUGGAGCCCGGCCCGGGCCAUGGGGACACCGGGCAGGAGCCCCUGGCAGUGGCAGCUGAGUGUGCCCAGCAACGCUGGGUGUGCCCUGAGCCCUCCAUCCCCUCUCUCUGCCCUGAGCCCUCCAUCCCUCGGGCUUCCCUGAGCCCUCCAUCCCCUCUCUGUGCCCGCACCCCUCCAUCCCUGGCUUAUCCUGGUCCUGAGCUGCUCCCUGCUCCCAGAGCCCGAGUUCUGCAUCCCCUGCUGCCCCCGGGACUGCCCGGAUUCCCUGCCCUCGGCUGUUGCUCUUCUCUCUGACAUUAAACCCCUGUUGGUAUUGCACAAAA